UUUUGUUGAUCUAUCAUGACUGUGCCGACUCCGUCGGCACCGAGUCUUUCUGCUCGUGUGUUUUAUGGUCUUCGCACCGAGAUACAAUUCAAUGCACAUUAUCUCUCGGAAUCUGAAAUUAUCUACCCAGCUGGAGGUGUGAUAGUGAUCCACAACCAUCUCCAGAAGAAACAGAAGUUCAUCAGGCUCCAGGAUAAACAUAAGCCCAUCAAGUCCUUGGUAUUGGCACCAAAUAGACGAUGGCUAGCACUGAAUGAAAUAGCGGAAGAGGGCCAAAAACCAAUAAUCACCAUUUACGAUCUAACAACAUAUAAGAGACGCAAGAUACUCACUGUGCCGUUCGAGAACUCAACAGCGAGGGAAUUCUGCUGUUUACAAUUCACUUUUGAUUCUAAAUAUCUUAUAGCUGUAACCGGUGAACCUGAUUGGUAUUUGUAUUAUUAUAAUUGGGAUAGAGGAAAAGUAGAGAGCCAUGCAAAAGCCCAGAAUCCCACGGGCCAAGGGACAGUUGAGAGCGUGCAAUGUAAUCCUACGGACGCAACAUUGAUUGUCAUAACGGGUCCAUAUACCUUCCGCAUUAUGAAUGUUGCUGAAACUGUUUGGCGUCAAUGGGGUUGGUGUAAAGCUGAAAAUAUCAACAUUACAACGUGUAUGUGGUUGACGCCGGAUCGCAUCAUGUUCGGAACAGACAACGGGCUAAUCAUGAUGGUGGAAAACGGCGAGAUACGGCUCAACUGCGUGUUUAAGGCCUACGAUGUUAUGGAGAUGUCUUUGAAAAAAGUGGACACGGAGGCUAUUGAAGACGAUAAAGGCGGGGAUAAAGCAAGUACGUCCAGUAAACAAGAUACGACGGAAGCUGUUUCCGAGGAAGAAACCUAUCCGGUUACCAAUUUUGUCAACUUUCCCAAAGGUUUCGCCUAUGCUUGUGGCCCUGGCUACGUUCACAUGUUUGAAAGGGAAACACCGCACCAUUUUAGAAAGAGGAACGUUUUCCGUAUCUCGAAAAAGUCUUACAAACAUACGCGUGAGUACCCAACGUGGUCCCCUCUUGACGCCGUACAGCAUAUCAUAGUCGACCCGAAUCAGGAAACACUGCUUAUCACUACUUUGAGGAAACAAUUAUAUUACGUUAAACUGUUUGGUGUACAUAUGCUACAGAACCCAGAAAUACCGUUUAACGAACUCGGCCCUGCUAUGCAUUAUGGUCGAAUAAACUCUUUGUCAAUGUGCGCGUGGAAACCCAUCUUCAUAACCUCUGGAGAACAGGACAAGAGCAUUAGAGUGUGGAAUUACAUGACCGACGAUAUUGAACUUAUUAAACUGUAUCAAGAGGAAAUACACUGUUUAUCUUUACACCCAACGGGCCUGUUUGCAAUAGUAGGAUUUUCGGACAAACUCCGCUAUAUGGUAGUCCUGAUAGACGAUUUCGAGGUAAUGCGGGAGUUCCCUAUUCGCAACUGUAAGCAGGCGAGAUUCAGCACCAACGGGCACCUAUUCGCAGCUGUCAAUAGUCAAGUUAUACAAGUAUUUUCCUCCGUAUCUUUCCAAAAUGUCUUCAAUUUGAAAGGACAUAAUGGAAGGAUUACGAGUUUGGCGUGGUCAGCGAAUGACUUGAUUCUGGUAUCGUGUGGAGCGGAAGGAGCUGUGUACGAAUGGAGUAUGUACUCAGGACAACGCGUGGGCGAAAUUAUACUUAAAACCAAUCAAUUCAAUGCUUGCGCUGUUAACAAUAUCGGUAAGACAACAUACGCAGUUGGUUCAGACGGAGAAAUCAAAGAAAUCGGUUCCAACUCGAUACGAAGAAAUUUAGGCUUGAUCGGCUGCCCACUUGACACCAUAGUACUAUCUCGAUCGGACAUGAUGCUCUUUAUAACCGGCGGAGAAGGUGGUGUUACUGCAGUACAACUGCCUCUACUGGAUAAAGCCCUUUACAAUGAAUUCCAUAUGCAUAAUAAGAAAGUGACCUGUAUAGCUUUGUCUUACGACGAUCAGACAUUAAUAUCGGUAGCAGAAGAUGCCUCGAUAUGUCUGUGGAGAUUAACGAAUGCUGACGGCAGAGCUAUAGCUUUAGAUAAAGACUUCGCAUACGCGAAGGAAAUAUUAAUAAGCAAGAAAGACUUGCAAGAGAAAUUGAAUAGUAUUCACCUUCUCAGUACAAGAAUGAGUGAAUUAGAAACAGAGCACUCUUACCAACUUCGCCAGGCCGAGGCCACGCAGGCCGAGAAACUUAAGGAAGUCCACGAAGGUUACUGUGCAGCUAUCGAAGAGCUUAAAGAAAAAAACGAGGCCCUAGAAAAUGAACACACACACGAGAUAGGUAUGAUUCAGCAAGACAUUGUAAAGUUGACGUCUGGACACGAAAGAGCACUACAAUCAUUGGAAGCAGACUUCAAUAUUAAAUUAAUUGGUGAAUACGACCGAUACCAAGCACUCGAAGACAAAACAGCAAGAAUGAGAAAAGACUAUGAGCAACGGUUGGAAGAUCUUGCAGAGAGCAAGCGUCAAGCACUCAGAGAAAUGAAUAACCAGUUUGAAGAAAGGUUAGAAGAAAAGGAAGUAAUUCUCUUAGAGUUGCAAGAACAAUUUGACUUGGAAAAACGAGAACAUGAAACAAUUAAGACUUCAAUAGAAGAUGAUGCUGACAGAGAAAUUGUAGAAAUCAAAGCAGCGUAUGAAAUGCAACUGAAGGAAGAAAAAGAUGCCAAUGUCCGACUGAAAGGUGAAACGGGUCUGAUGAAAAAGAAACUUAUAACAGCACACAAAGAAAUAGAUGAAUUGAAACAUCAAGUUCUGCAACUUAAAGCGGAACACAAACAGUUCCAAAAAGUAAUAACUACCUUGGAAAGAGAUGUGAUAGAUUUAAAGAAAGAAAUAGCUGAACGUGAUAAUACGAUUCAGGACAAGGAAAGAAGAAUAUAUGAACUCAAGAGGAAGAAACAAGAACUGGAAAAGUACAAAUUCGUAUUGAAUUACAAAAUAACGGAGCUGAAAAAUCAGAUUGAACCUAAAAUGCAAAUGAUUAACGAGUUACGACUCCAGAUAGAGGAUAUGGAAAACGAGGAAUAUAAGUUAGACAUAAUUAAGAUUGAUCUCGAACUGAAGAUAACUCAACUGAAUGAGAAGCUAACGUCGGCUAAGAAGGAUUAUUUCAGUGAAACAGAGAGAACUCUGAUGUUAAAGAAUACAUUGAAAAAGAUUAAAAUUGAUUUGCACAACAUGUCAGCCAACCUUCAAGAUCCCAAUAAGUUGAAGAUGAAUGUAAAAACGCUGUUCCACAAAUACGUAGAAGACAUAGACUUCAUCCGCAGUCGAAUGCAAGAUGAUGAGGCCAUACGCGAGUUCAACCGCCAGAGGGACCAUUUGGAGAAGCAGCUAAAUUCCGUCAAAACUCAAUUGCAGAAAGCACUGAGUGGCUCUAAAGGAGAUAUCAAUAAGAUUAUGGAUGAGAACUGCACACUAUUGUCAGAGAUCAAUCAGCUCCGAAUCGAGUUAAAGUCGACACGAAGUCGGUGUUUCCAAAUGGAGUCAAUACUUGGCCUGUCGGCACGCUAUGUUCCGCCAGCUGUCGCCCGGAAUAAGUUGAAACACGUCACCGAAGAUCGAGAGAAACUGGACGAAAUGUUCAAUGCUAAAAUCGAUGAAAAACAAGACGUAAUAAAUACUCUUAAGCUAGAGAAUGAUCGCCUGUUGAGUAAAAUCAGAUGCAUUGAGGAGGAUGACCCUGACGCCCGUGGGGAUAAACCAGGUGUAGCAAGAGACUCGUUUUAAGCACCCCAAGCGGAAGACCAUUCAUUUGAACAUGAUAAUAUCUAUCUAACGCUAUUAUGUUAGAAGUGUAUGAAUAUAUUUCUCGAGAAUUGUAAUUCUCGACAGCUGUGCCGUUUUAAUUCAAUAGAUAAAGACUGCUCUUUAUUUGCCUUUAAAUAAAAAUUCAUAUUCGACAACAUCACAUUCGUUGUACUGAAGCACUCGUGUCAUAGAAAUCGGGCACAAUGACGAUACCACAAACACCCAGGCCUGAGACAAUUAUAGAAAAGUUAGUUUUUCUACCCGGCCGGCGAUCGAACCCGGGACCUCUGAGAUGGCGACAUCAUGAAAACCAAUGUGCAAGCCACUCUAUCAUGGAGGUCGUCAAAAAC